AUGGGCAUGUUUUCUCGCCGCAAGGGCAAGGACGGCAAGUCCAAGAAGAAGGGCGCAAACGACGAACUCGACCAGCAGCCCGCAAAACCAAAAUGGACGGAUGCAUGGGCUCGCACCUCUGUCGAGCCGGAGGAGGUGCACGAAUUGGUCAAGCGGUGUACUGAGGAGAUCAAGUCAAGAGCUCUCGAUCAGCCCUUCCUGCUACUACCAUUCCGACCGACAUCUGACCCCAGCGCAGUGCGUACAUUUGUACGCCACUUCUUCGACAAUUAUGCGCUUCGCGGCGAGACCUUGGCGCAGGAGCUACGGAUGGCUGAGCCGAUGGUCAUCGCGGGAGCCAUCAAAUGGUGCUGGAGCCGUUUACAAGGCGGCGUGGUCGGCUGGGAUGCUUAUGAGCUGUUUAAAGUGGGCGAGCAAGAUUCGAAUAUGGCUCGCGACUCGUUCAAGACCUUCAUCCCAUUGAGCGUCGAGAAUGGCGCCCGCUCGAGCAUCAUCUUCAACUUCUUCGAUCUUCUCGCGGCAGUCGCUGCACACGGCAAGAUGAACGGUUUCGGUGGUCGCAAGCUGUCCCGAAUGGCAGCUUGGUGGGCUUUUGAACACAAGGACACGGGCAAUGGUUUUGACGGUGGAUAUAAGGCGUGGCUGAGGGCCGCCGAUGCGACGAGUCACCUCUUCUUCGCUUACCUCAGGACACUCGCCCCGCAACAACAGACUCCAGGUGCUAUUUCCAUGCUGCCAAUGUCCCUCUCAAAGCUUCUUCAGGAGACCGAGUACCCACCGAAGAGACCAGUCUUGAUGCAGUCGUCUACAUACAAAGUUGUAAUGAUCGUGGAAUCAGUCUCACCUACCCCAUUCGCCCUGCUGCGACGCGGAAAUCACUUUCAGUACCGAGAAUCAUCUUUACAGCAUUUCUCCGAGUAUGAGGAUCCAGUGGCGGCCCUGACUGAAGAAUGCCGCCGAGUCUUGAGAGCCGUUGCAGCUGCCAAUCAGACCCAAUCCGUCUCCAGUUCAAAACACUCGACGAGUCUACGCGACGCUUCCUGGUCACGAUUUGAGGAUAUUGGCUUCACCAGCACGCUCGAUGACGAGGACGAUUUUGACACCGCACCAACGAGUCCGGGUCCCCAACGACAGGGCCUGAGAACCACUCCCGCAUCUGGUGCUGGUUUCGGUGGCAGACCUACGACCCCAUCGUGGGCUGACUUCCUAUCAUCUGGAUUUGUUGAUGACGGCACUAACGGUUCCAAUAAUGUUCUCCUCCCUCCAGAUAAAGUGCUGCCCCCGAUCGAUACGAACGUGCGGCAACGAUCUGCUCAGUCACACAGACCGAGGUUGGAAACCGCGCGCGAGGUAGAGGCUGGCGAGCUGGCCAGCAUCACCAGGAUCGAUCUUGACGAUGCAUUCUGGUGGGUCUGGAUGAUCAGCUUGGCCCCAGAAGAAACACCCGAGAGGAAAUCAGCCUUUGGACGCUGUGCAGUCAUUGAGACAAUCAUCAGGAGUGGACGAUGGUUGGUGUUCGAGGAAGUUAUCAAGGGCGCCGCCCCCGAACCCCAGGAAGGCGCGUACGUUGCCGAGAAAAAGAGCUUUUUCAGCUGGACAAGGCGCAACAAGGACAAGGACAAGAGUGGGGUGUCCCGACGUAAGUCCACCGCUGGCAAAAAUGUCCUUGAGAAAGGCGACGGUCACUUGAAGCCUAGUUCAACAACCGGCGCAAUGAGCAAAUCAAGCCUCGGUCCGGACCAACAGGCAAAGAUCCAAGCCGCAGCGCAGCAACUUCAGGCAAAGCAGGAGCGUGAGAGGAGGGAGGCUGGGAUGGGCGUGGGCGUUCGUCGUGGCCGGACUGAUGCGGAGCUCGUGGCUGAGAAGACUCAGAGUGUCAUGACGUUGCAGCCCAUGAUCAUGAGAGAAGCCUCCCCUGCCAUGAAGUGGGCAAACAAAUACGACAAGGACGCUAUUCGUGAGGCCUACUUGGCGAACUCGAGUGCAGGACGUGGAAUCGGCCAGAGCACGAUGCAGACAAACGGACAUUUAGGAUCAAACGGCUAUGGCAUGAUAGCAGAAGAGCCUUCGUACCCAUCAUCGCUGCUCCCACCACCUUCACCUUCGGCGCAGUCCCAGGAUCAUCGAGAGGGAGCUCUGAGCCCUGCUCCACCCAUGAAAGACAACGGUCGCAACUCUCCGCUGCCGCCUGUCCCUCAGGAAGAGCCCAACAGUAUGGAUCUGGUCCGCGAGGAGAUGGUUUCUCCCGAACCCGCAGAAGGGUCUAGCCCGAAGGCGCACAAGAAGCUUCACAAGGGCGACAAGAAGGGCGGCUUCCGGAAGCUGUUUGGACGGAACAAGAGAGUUUCUCAGGUGCCAGAGAAUGCGGCCAUGGAUCUGAACCAGUUCCUCGCCCAAGAGCAAGGCAGACAAACCCCGGAGCCUCUGGGGCACGAGCAGCCCGAGACGCCUAAACAAGACACUCCCAGGACGCAACCUGCUGAGACACCAGCUACCUAUGCGACUCAGCCUACUCCAUCUUCCCAAGCUCGUGACGAACCAACCGAGCCUGCGAACCACGAGCCAGCUUACGAGCCAUCGAUUCAUGAUGAUGUCUCUCGCGUCGACACUGCCGACGCGGAGGAGGCCCGUGAUGAAUUUGCUCGCUUCGACCAGGGACCUCUAUCAGACCAACCGGCGUUUGCUCCGGCCGAGGGUGCAGAUGAAGAAGACGAUGAUGCGACCCCUCCACCGAUCCAGCGUCAUAGGUCACCGGCUCCUCCUGAGCCAUCACCUCAGCCCAAGCCCAAGCCCAAGUUCGAGCCGCAACAAGAAGGUCCCGCACCCGCCAUUGAGCGAUGGGCGCAGAUUCGCAAGAACGCAGCUGAACGUGCGGCUGCUCAAAGGGAGCGCCCGAGUGAUGACCAGAGCCGUCCCUCUGUCGGCAAGACGGAGCCAGAGUCGGACACAAGUGGUGAAGAGACUAUCGAGUCCCGCGUCGCCCGAAUCAAGGCUCGUGUCGCCGAAUUGACUGGCAAUAUGGAAGGCGUCCAAGGUCCUAACUCGCGACCUGCAGUCCCGCGUUAG